AUAAGUAGGGUGGAGCAGUUUUUCACUUGUUGAGGUGUCCAUAGGUCUUUGUGAGAGUUUGAAAAAAUGUGCCAUCAAUCCAUAAGGGCUCUCACAAGCUUCCUUUUGGAAUACACGUAUGCCCCCUUUUUAUGAAAAAAGUGUGACACGCCCCCCAAAUGGGAACCAAAGAAUUUAUGAGUUGACAUGUAAACAUGUUUUCCACACCAAAUUAUAAGGGAUUGUAACAAAUACACAAACAAAACAAAAAAGCUCAAGAUUGCCUGUUACAGGUCGAUUUUCUGUUAGCAACGUGUGCCCACAUUUUUUUUUAAAAGGUUGCCCCACCCCCAAAAGAGGCACAAUUGUGGAUUUUUUUUCUUUUGAUGUAGCACUUGAGUUAACUGUCCAAAUGUGAAAAAGAAAAUUAAGUUUUUUUAAUAAUUUUUUACGCGCGAAGCCCCCCACUAUUUAAAAUCAUGGCCACGCCCACAAAAGGGUCAGAAAAAAAUGGCAUCAAGUGGUUUUGAACUUCUUGAGGUAUCCUCUAGUGAUCCUGAGAGUUUCAAAGAAUGUACCCGAAAUUGCAUAUGGGGGUCAUUUUCGACCAUAAGCCCACUGACUAAUAGUCUCCUGUAAUCUCAGGCAGUAAGCAUUUUUCAUCAAGUGAUUCUGUAACAAAAGGAUGGAUAUUGUUGUCCACUUCAAGUUCACAUGGAGGGGCAUUACUGGCCAUACGUGUUCCGAUUGUUGAACAAUUUUCGUUAAAAGUAUCAGCAAUGUCGGUGAGAUCAUUAACAAAUUCCCCAUUCUUGGUAAAAAAUAGAGUUUGGAAUACUUUUCUGUUUGUUGGGGAGAACCUCUGUUAGUUUUUUUCCACAGAAUGGAAGACUUGCCUUUAUUUUCCUCGAUGGUUGAUUGAAAGUGUUCGCUUUUCUUGCUGCGGAUUUUUUCAGUGCUCUUGUUUCGCACCUUUUUGUAUGCCUCACAAUCAUGUGGUAAGCCUGAACGUCUAGCGAGUUUAUUUGCACGAUCUCACUGUCGCAUAAGUUUUAGAAUCCCCAUCGAGCCAAGGCAACGAUGCACCACAAAUACGUUUUGAUUUCAUUGGUGCAUGAUGGUUAAUAAUACUCAUAAACAGAGAGUGCCAUGGGGACCAUGCUUCAUUAACAUCAUGACAAUUAAGGACAUGUUCCCAUGGGGUAUUAAGGAGGUCAUCUUGAAAAGCGUCAUUGCCAAUAUCUUUAAAAAAAAAACUGAAGUUCAUUGAACGGCCUUCUUUUUUGGGGGGUUUCCAUUUAUGAAGACUGUAAACAAGAUAAUGAUCACUAAUCAGGACAGGUAGGACACCACUUUCACUUACAAGUUCAGGAUGUGAGCUAAAAAAUAGAUCAUUAAUUGUUAGUAGUUGAUGAAUCAAUUUUUAUCUAUUUCCCUCCCACUUCCACUUUCCUUUUUAAAAUCCAAUACGCUUCCAAAUAGCCGCCUAUAUAUAGGACGUGUGGUGCAAGCUACUUGUCCUGUGGCGGUGGCGUUUAUGGCUUUGAUACCUAGCUGCUAAUUCCAAAACAACAUUAUGCCGCUUUGGCUCGGUCUAUUAACAGCAGCCAUUCCCCAACCCCGGUCAUUAUCACGCAGUGAAGACCGGGUCCUCACACUGUUAUUCCCUAAUUAUAUAAGACGGCUGCCAAUAUGGCUAUCAGUAUUGCCCAAAUAUUGGUCUGUGGUAUGAUUGCCUAUUUGUUGAUAUGGGCAGGUCAGGUUUCGGUAGGAUUGCUUUUCAUGGUUCCAAGACGUCCUAUCGGUGCGAUGUUUCAGCGCACUCAGGUUUAAUGGACUGUGCAGCGAUUCACUGAAGCGGGCGCUCUUAACACACACGGCAACAGUCUGCACAGGACAUUGUCUUGGGAAUUUCGUAUUUCUGCCCGAGAAAUUCUGAGCAGUAUUGUGUGUGAAUUUACAUGUGUGCGUGAUGUAAGCAUGUCUGGUUUAUGCACGUAGGCUACAAUACUGCAUAUUUCCAAGCCUCGGGUGUAUACGGAUUGCAAGUAACCCUGUAAGCUUUGCUGGAUAAAAAACAUGUCGACCAUGUGGAUGAGCAAUCGAUUUUGCAGCAAAGCUGAUAAAAAUCAAUGUGCUCUUCAUUGAUUUGAACGUGGCAAUGAUUGGACCAAACUGUACACGCGGUCGACUGGUGUCGUGGUCAUAGAUGCACGUGUAUGGUACGUCACUUGACUAACGGUUUUCGGAACAGCUAUUUUGUUUCCACCGAUGCGCAUGUGUCACACAAAGUCUUUUUUUUUUGCGAGUAACUUUGAUGUAACUUUUCAGUGGAUAGAUGACUUGUACAUGUCUGGGUCUGUGUGCGUCGUUGGUCAUAGUCACGUUGGUUGUUGGUCCAAGGUUGAGUGGUUUUGGUCACAAAGAAAGGUUAAAGGUACUGUCGUAGCGGGAAACUUUGGAUAGGUUUUUUGGUCCUACGGACUUCUGGGAGCAUUGUGGUGUUGUGAUUUUUUUUUUUCUUUAGGUGCGGCAGAAAACUUGACAGCUCGAGCAGUGCUGGCGGCCUGCUAGCAAUUAUUGCCCCACAGCGAUUCGACUUGUUGGAUAGUGCAAUUUUAAUUUCGAUUGCGAUCCAUUUUUGUGUGUGAUUUCGAGAGAUAUUGGCUCUCCACUACACCUAUUUGCUUGUGAGGGGCACAUGGAUUGAGACUACAUUCCAUGUUUUUUUUCAGAGAACAGAAGAGUCUCUUGUGACUGUGAGUAUUCAGUUAUUUUCUAAUUUAAAUGUCAUGUAUUUAUAUAAAUUUAUGUUAGUCUUUUUCCCAGAGAAUGACAUGUGUUUUGGAUAUGACUUAAAUCCGAUUAAAGAAAGUUUGAGAGUCUUUGAUAAAUAUGUACCUUAAAGGAAUAUGUGUGUUCAUAUUUAACGUUACGAACUAUCAAGAUUUAUUGUAUAGUAUGUGCCUUUAGGAGUGAUUUUUCACCUCCUUUUUCUCUUUCUUGGUAUUUAAUUGAUUGUUGAGAAAGCUUGCUACAUUUCCCUUGGUAUAGAAAGUCUAUUGUUUGAGUUAUCAUGAUAAUUUUUAAGAAUACUGCAACGUGACAUCAUAUUUGGGUAUUGAUUGAUGAGGCAGUAGCCAAGAAUAUGGUUAUUUUAGUAGAGUAGAUAUUUAACUUAAGAAAUGUUUUAUUUAGAUGGCCAAUUAUAACUAGUACGGAAGUACGUGAGGCACGUAACUCCCCACUGAGGCUAUCACACCCAGGCCAGUACGAGUGCCACCAACCCUGUCGACUGCUCCGAGUGAGGCCCAGUACCAGCGCGGUGGACCGCAACGAACGGUGAAGUGAACACCGGCUUUCCUGCAAGUCCAGGAGUAAAUGAACGUUCGCUGAGGGUAGCAAAAGCUUGAGUAUCCAAUUAGGCUGCCCACCUGGUAAACAUCUUGUUUUUGAUGUCACUGCCACUUUACAUCAAGUUGAGAUGAUGUAUGGUGAGAUAUAUGACUGUCCGAUUCCAGAUCCUGAGUAUCCCUGCUUUUAUUACAAACAUGCUUUUAAUCCUGUUUUCCGUGUACUGGAUGUUAUGACUGGCAAAUCUAGUCUGUUUACUGGUCAGUACAAUAUGAAAGUGAUUGGUGGAAGUGCUGAGGGUCCAGGCAGCAUUGAAUAUUUCAAUGGUGAACAGCUUCAACAGUUUAACCUGCAAAAUGGAUUGGGUCCAACAAUUUGGAAGCCAGAGGAUUCAAAUGGUCAUAGUAAUGGAUCAGUGCCAAUUUUCCAACAUGAUUGCAGUGGGAUAGUGUGGCGUUGUGAGCAGGGGUCACCCUGUGCCAGUGUACCCAUGCACUUCCCUUGGCCACCGGAAUAUUACUUUGUCAUAGAGGUCACAAACAGACAGGUAGACUUGUACUCAACAUAUUGCGAAUUUUCUACAGAGUUCACAAUCAAAGUCCAUGGACUGGAGCUCAGUAAAUAUGAUCUUAUGGCCAUUGUAGGGUGGUCUUUGGUGUUCUCAUUGGUCUUCAUCACUAUUUUUGUCACCUGCCAUCAACACAAGAGUGGAGAUACCAAGACCCAUCGACAAAAGAGGAAGACAAGCCGUGUUGUUCCCAUGCCAACUAUCACGGAAGUAGACAUUUCAGAUGACAGUGAAACUGAGGAAGUGAUAAACAUAGUAGAAGGACAAGGCUUUGAAGCACUUCCCUCUGAAGAUACCAUCAACAGAUCAAGGAUUUCCACAAGAUGAGCUCCUCAACUUAGCAGUAAUGUUGGUACCAUGCCAAAACUCAACAUUGGUUUCCCCGAAAGCUUUGUCUGCUCAUGGUAGUUUCCGUAAUGGUUUCAAAACCAUUAACUGCUCUUCUUACCACAUGCUCCACAUCAACUUAUCUCUUAUGCUCCAGAUAGAGGCCUUUCAGCAAAAUCGUUGAUAUCAUCCUCCUUUACACUGAGUCAGUGGGCGUAUGGUAAAAAAAAAAUCAUCUUUGAUACAAUCUUUGAAAAUUUCAGGGAUUGUUAAUGAAACACUAAAGAGCCCAAGUCCCCUUGAUGCCAUUUUUGUCAAUUUCUUCCUGGAUUUGGCGGAAGUAAGCGGUACGUCAAAAUACAUUAAUUCAGAAUUGUAUUUUAGCUUUGAUGCGGUGAAACUACAGUUUUGUAUAAAAGAGAAUGAUAAAAGCAUUGGAAUUUUCUUGUUAAAAGUCAUUUUAUUUUACAAAACUAAGGAAAAGAGGUGUAUUCAAAGUAAAUGUAGCAUAAUUGUUUAUCAAUGGAAAGUUUAGGGCGGAUUAAAAUAAUAUUGAAGUGAAUGGGCAUGAAAAAGAGAAAAUGGAUAAAUUGGAUGAAACAAUUCAGGUGUAUUGUAGCAUCAAUGUUUUCAGACCAAAAUUGACAAAUUUGGCCUUUUAUGAAAAGUCACUCCUUUUGUCCCACUUUUUGAAAAUGCUGUUGUGAUGAAUGAAAUAAAUCACAUGAGAUUGUGCUCACCAGCCAGCAUU